ACCGCCCCCCGGGCGCCCUCCGACGCGCCGACCGAGCGCUGCGUCUUUAAGGGGGAAGCGGUUUCAGUCCGGGACAACAUGUCUGCGUGGAGCCUGGAGGAGAAGGGCGCGCGUGGGCUGGGGGCCCGCCGGCGGCCGUGGCGGGCUUGAAAUAUAUUGUUCCAUGGCUUUUACAUUUGCUGAUGAGAGAUGUGAUUUAUUCUGAUAUGUUUGCCUUUUAGACGCUGCAGAAGGAAUGCGGCGUGAAGAGCCCGCUGUGACCAUGGAAGACAGCACCAGGCCGGACUGCACGGCAGGGCAGGGCGGACCCUGUCCCGGACUGGCGCCGGCGGCUCCGGGCCAUUUGGGAGCGCCCUACUCCGAGGCCUGGGGCUACUUCCACCUGGCCCCGGCGCGGCCCGAACACCCGUCGGGCACCUGGGCCACCUGCCGGCUGUGCGGGGAGCAGGUGGGUGGCCACCCCGGCUUCCAGGCGUGGACCCGGGCUCUGUGGCGGCACCUGAGCGACGCGCACCUGCGGGAGCUGGAGAAAAGCGGCUCCAGGCGCUCCCCGCCCGCCGCGCCCUGCCCACCGCUAGUCCCUGCCGCGGCCCCCGAGGGCGACUGGGCGCGCCUGCUAGAGCAGAUGGGCGCGCUGGCCCUGCGCGGCAGCCGACGGGAGCGGGAGCUGGAGCGGCGGGAGGCGGCCCUGCAGCAGGCCGAGCGGGCGCUGGAGCGCAGGCGCCGGGCGCUGAGGCAGGAGGAGCGCGCAGUGGCGCAGGUGCGUCGUGAGCUGCAGACGGAGCGCGAGAUGCUGCAGGCUCAGCUGCGGGAACUGAGCUCAGGCCAGGGCGUUCCCACCAGGGCCCCCACGCCGCCUUCUCCCCUGCCUCCGCCCCUCAAGGAGGACCCUGAUGGGAACGGCCACGUCUGCGUGGUCACCAGGGUCCUGCUGUAGCCGGGCGGACGCUCCAGCAGCCUGGGCUGGAUCCUCUAGGUGCGGGCCUUCCACUCGCUGCUGGAGAGCAGCAGCUCCAAAAGGACCUCCUCCCGGGAGCCGAAGCCCCGAGGGCUGCCUAAGCUGUACGCAAGGGAUGAGCGACGGGGCAAGAGGGACCAGAAAGCUCCUGCCACUACCUCUGUAGUGCUUUGGAGCUAAAAGCCUUAAAAGCAUAGGCUCAACACCAAAGACAUCACAUGCCUAUACUCCUCACGGGAAACGAGGAUCAGGUUUUUACCCAUGAUAGAGUUGUACUCUUCCUAAUGUAUAAUCUAGAUCCAGCACCGAGUUCCCGAGAGUGUUUAAAAUGAUGGCUCUCUACCCCAGCAUCUCUAGAACCGUGUCAAGAGAGACCGAGUUUUUGUUCUCUGCUCAUUCAAUACCAUGAGCACUGUUCUGUCACACACCCCCAUCAGACCCAAUGAAAGGUCCACUUCCUCACUUUCCUGUCUCACUUCUUGCCACCUUACUAGUAGGACAACACCUCUGUCACUUCUCCACAAGUCUUCACCCCCACUUUGAACCCAACAAGAACACACAUGAACUUCCUUCCUGUCUUGUGAACACACCGGCCCCAACACUGCCCACUUGUUCUGUGCACGGGUUCUCAGUUUUUAGUCCUCUCCUCAAAUUCUCUUUUAUAAAAAUUCUUUGCACAUAGAAAGGGAUAUCCAUAAACAUAUCCAGCCUCCAUUUUGAAUACCUUAAUAUUCUGUUUUAUUUACAUUUUUCUCCCUAUACAAGUGUAUUUUUUUUGUUGUUUGAGAUAAGACUUUCCCUUUAGCCCCAGCUGGCCUGGAACUCUAUAUAGACCAGGCUGACCUCGAUCUCACAGAGAUCCAGCCGCCUCUGCCUUCUGAGUACUGGGAUUAAAGGUGUGUGUCACCAUGCCUGGCAUACCAAGUGUACUAAGUAUUUUAGCAUCUCCUAAGAAUGAAGGUUUUGCUGUACAUGCUUGUAGAAUGAAUAUGAACAUAUACAGCCUCGAAAGUCUUUCAUCAAAAUUCCCCAUUAUUUCAAGACCAAUUAUUUUUUACCCAAAGUUCAUGCAUUAUUGCUGAUUAUAACCCUUAGUCUCUUUAGAACAGCCUCAAUUUUUUCAUGACUUUUGAACAUUUUUUUGUGUGUGUAUUGUUUGCCUGCACAUAUGUAUGCACACUAUGUGUGUGCCUGGCACCCGUGAAGGCCAGAAGAGUGUUGGAACCCCUCGAACUGGAGUUACAGUUCUGAGCCACCAUGCAGAUGCUGGGAACUGAACCUGUCUGUCCCUCAAAUGCUGGGAGCAGAGGCAUGCGCCACCACGCCCAGCUCAGUGACACUCUGAAGCAUCCACCUAUAGUGCAGGUUUGAUUACUUCCCAGGGCCGACUUCUACCUUCUAGCCAUUUCCUUGUAGAGCUAUCAGGGACUCACUGGGAAAUCGCAUCUUUGACUAUUCUCCCUGGGUCUGCCCAUUCCUGCUCCAUCUCUCCUCCCACUGGCAUAACCGGCCACCACUCUGCAUCCACCCUUCACCUGAUAACUAGUAUUUUCUGGGCACUUAAAGCAUAAUCAAACACACACUACACACUUUAUGUGUAUUCCCUUUCACUGUAGCUCCAUGGUGAGGUAUUGACAGUUUUACAGCCAAGAAAAAUGGGAUGAAGGGCCAGCAAGACAGCUCAACAGAUAAAAGAUGCUUGUUGCCAAGCCUGCCGAUCUGAGUUCAAUCUCUGGGAUCCACAUAGUGAGGGGAAAAAAAGUACAUGAAGUACAUGCACAUACCCAUACCCACAAAUAAAUGUAAUAUUUUCUUAAGAAAAAAAUGAGAUAAAGGGGCAGUUUGUCCAUGAUUACAGCUGGUGAGUGGCAGGGGUGAAUCUAGAUGUGCUUCUAGCUACUGUCCUGAGAGUGCUGACACCCAUUUUCUUCCUAACUUCAUUCGUUAGUGGAAAUGGGUGACAUUAACAUUUACUGAGCAUUCACCAUGUGUCAUAGCUGUGCUUAAUGUAUGGUGGUACAUGCUCUGAUCCCAAUACUUGGGAAGUACAGGUAGGAGGAUCAGGAGUUCAAGAUUGUCCUCAGCUGUACAGUGCAUUUGAGAUCAACAUGGGCUACAUGAGAUCCUGCCUCAUAAAAAGUUUCUGUCAUGCUGCAACCUCAUGAGACACAUUCAUCGUGACGAGAAGACAGGCUGAGAGGCAUCAUGCACCUCCGCACAACUGCUACAGAGCAGAAUGAGGUCUGAUCAUCUCCCUGAUCCUAGGCACUGCUCUGCUGUUUACUUCUACCGAACACUGCACCUGCCUGCCUUAUGCCUGUUUUUCAUUCAUCUGGGAUUCGUCUUCCCAUCACUUUCCCACCCACUGUCCCUCAACAACUCGGCCACACCCCUGUUCUUGGUGUGUCUACCCGUUUGUCUUCCUCUAAUAAACCCCUUCAAUGUCUGUGUGUAAACACUUUCCCCCAGGACUGGGGUACAGCUCAGUAGCAGAGUACCUUCUGAGCAUGUGAGGAUGCUGGUUGAAUCCCCACCCAUUUCUAAGGCCAAGAAUUUCAGUUCUUUUUGAGGUAUUUCCUUCUCUGGAUUCUAGCAUUUUGAACCUUAAGACCCUCAGAGUAACCCAUCUACUAUAUGGCCGUUUAGGUUCUUGCCGUCCCUUCCCUGCCCUGCCAGACUUGACCCCUUGGGGCUAUUUAUGCUCACUCACCCUUGUACCUUGCAUAUCAUGGCUGCUCAGUAAGUAUGUGCAGAUGUUAUACAUGUUGUUCUGUAAUUAGUCAUAUAAUUCUUAAGUUUCUAAUUUUCUGAUGAAAAUUUCCAGCGGAAGAAUGGCCUAAAUAGAAGUUAUCAGUGAUUUCUAAAAUUCUUUUCAAUAAUGAUUUUAAACGUGCCAGUUCAUGGGUUCUUUGGUUUGAACCCAAUGGAUGAUUCUAGCAUGUCCUUGGGAAUAGUCUAUAAAACGGCCUUUUCUUAGACAAGUGGUAUGACUGUAGUGCCAAACUGUAACAGCAGAAAGUUCCCUGAAGUCCUGCCGUUUCAUUUGUGUUUUGCAAUUUUUAUAUUAGUCUAAUAAACAAUGUUACUUCUCUUAA